AGGUGGUAUGAUGCCUAAAAUGUUGAUAGUAAUUAGGAGUUGUUUGAGUUGAAGGAGAGAGUGGGGAGGAGCAGGAGAACGUGAAAUGGAGAGAGUCGGGUGCAGAGAAUCGAUAAGAAUAUUUGGUUGCCUGAAAUGAGUAGAACAAAGAGAGAUUAAAAAAAGAGGAGAAAGCAACGAAUAAGACAGCAGUUAAAGGUAGCAUAAAGCACAGUAGUACUGUACAUGCUUUUGGGGUCAUUACUUUAUGAUCAAAAUAUUGUCCCAUUUCAUCUCAUCCCCAUGCUCCAUCCCUGCCAUUCUCAACAAAACCAAACCCCAUUUUCGGUAUUUCAACAUCAAAAUCUCACCCCUUCUAUUUAACGCCUCCAUCAAAACCAAACUGUCACCUCCUACUUCUUUCUUCCUCCAUCAAAAACAUGGGAUUUCCAGUGGGGUACACAGAGUUGCUGCUACCCAAACUGCUUCUGCACCUCCUAUCCCUAUUGGGCCUCAUCAGAAAACUCCUCACCAUCCUCCUCUGCUACAUGGGCUUCCACGAUUUCUUCGAACCCGACAUUGCGUGGCCGGACACCCUCCCGGAAUUGCAGUCCGUGUCGGCGGUGCUCAUCCGGGAAAUCCUGCCCGUCGUCAAGUUCUCGGAGAUGGCGGGGGCGGAGGUGGAGGCGGCGGAGAGUUGCGCGGUGUGUCUGUACGAGUUCCAGGGAGAGGACGAGAUCAGACGGCUGACAAACUGCCGCCACAUAUUCCACAGAGGUUGUCUGGACCGUUGGAUGGGCUACGAUCAGAGAACGUGCCCCCUCUGUCGGACGCCCUUCAUACCCCACCAUAUGCAAGCCGCUUUCAAUGAUAGACUCUGGGCUGCUUCAGGAAUCCCUCAAUUCUAUUACAACGAUGAAUGAACGCAUCACUUUUCUUCUUCUUCUUUUUCCAACAUUUCCGGAUGCAUGGAUGUUAGUUAGUUAACCUUCUUCGCCAUGUUUCUGUUGUAUAUAUUAUACUCAACUUCAAACAAAAUCCAAACCUCACAACUCUUGUUAAUUACAUAUUACAUAUAUCCCUUUUAAUUAUUUAGAUUUUGUUCUUCCUUCCAGAUUUUUAUUAGAUUUGCGACCUUUUAUUGCUAACGAAUUCCGAUUUUGAUGUA